AUGCCUCCGACUCGCUCUUAUAACGGAGCACCUGGGCUCGUACGUCCUGAACCUGUAUAUACCCCAUGGAGUGGAGGUGCUCCAACGACCUCAACAUUCGUGACUCAAUCACAAACGGGCGCCGAACCUAUGGACAUGUCGCCUCCGAUGACGGGCGAAAGCAAGAUGUCUAUAUCCGUAGACUUUGGUACUACAUUCUCCGGUGUCGCAUAUGGCUCCUCGCGCAUAGCUUCUGGUCAAGUUCAACAGAUAUUGAACUGGCCUGGCUCCUCAGAAACGUUCCGCAAGGUCCCAACUUGCCUGUUAUACGACGAGCAUGGAUCGGUGAUUGCCUGGGGUCUACCUGCGAAGCAAGCCGCAAACAUCGGACCUGGACAGACUAAGUGUGAAUGGUUCAAGCUGUUUUUGGAGCCUAAGACUUUACGAGACCAGACCGAAGUCGACCCACGUUUACCGCCUCUACCUCGUGGCAAGCAGCCCCUGGAUGUCAUUGUUGAUUUCCUUUCCUGCCUAUGGGAGUACGCGAAGGAACGCAUCACCGCUGAGAUCGGCGCGGUAGCGGAUCUAGACUCCGCGGAUGUGUGGCUCACUGUACCAGCCGCCUGGGAUGCGAAAGGGUGCGAGCUGAUGAGAGAUGCUGCAAUUAGGGCAGGGCUCGUCCAAUCCGCUCGUGCUGGCGAUUACAACUGGCGGGAGCGUCUUCGCAUCAUCACUGAACCAGAGGCCGCUGCCGUACAUUGCGUACAGAUGACUGACUUGCACAAGCUCAAACCGAGCCAGACCUUCAUGAUUUGCGAUGCUGGCGGCGGUACAGUGGAUCUGGCCGUGUACAAGAUCAUCGGCUCUCUUGCGGGGCUUGAAAUCGCCGAGAUGUGCGCGCGCUCUGGCGCCAACUGUGGCUCGCUCUUUCUCGACCUGCGCUUCCGGGAACUAGUCAAGACCCUGCUCGCAGAUCAUCCUAUCCAUCUAGACCCGGCCAGCUUAGCGUUCUUUAUGCACGCCUUUUCGGAGACAGACAAAUUAGCUUAUCAGGGCACAAUCGACGAUGGCGUCAUGUUCAACUUUAACUGUUUCCAGGUCGAGGACCUGGACGAUCCCAGUGUCGGAUUGAUCAACGGAGAGCUUUCCAUACCAGGAAAUCUCCUCCGUCGGGAGGUUUUCGAUCCCGUUGUGGAAGAGGUCCUGAACUUGAUCGAGGAACAACUCAAACGAGUCGCGUCCGUCGACGCAUUGCUCCUUGUUGGCGGCUUCUCGACAAGCGAAUACCUCUUUCAUCGCGUCGAUGAGCGAUUUGGUUCACGUAUCAAGGUCAUUGCUCGCCCGCAUGACGCGGAUACGGCAACGUUACGCGGCGCGGCGCAGUACGGCCUCGCACAAAGGCCCUUGGUAUCCUCUAUCAUCGCCCCGAGGGCGUACAUGAUGAAGGUCAAACUGCCUGCCGAACCGGAAGACUUUCUCAAACGCCCUGCCUACAUCUCCACGAACGCGGUCGGGAUGUCGAUAUGCGAAAAUCGACUCCAGUAUCUUGUCGCGAAGAAUGCGAUACUACGUAAAGGACAGGUAGUCAAGACCAAGUUCACCAAGUUCUCGCAGUCAACGCAGGACCGCACUUUUGUCGCCACCCUAUACACCUCUGAGAAGGACGAGAUCAUGCGAUAUACCGACGAGGGGGAAACAACUGUCCUAUGCCAAUGGCACGUCGACCUCGGCGUAUUGCCGUCCUUCCAGGAGAACGCCAGCAUGCCACGACCUAGCGGAUUCUAUACUGACUUCGAGCUCGGUCUUGAACUUGACAGCGCGGAAGUUCGUGGGAUCCUGCUCUAUGAAGGUCAAGAAUGGGGUCGCGUCGUUUUUGACUUCUUCCAUUGA